AAAAAGAGGAAUUUCUGCUAAAUAUGGGCAUGAAACCGGUGAGCGUCAGCUCAAGUUGACAGUCUGUGAAGUUAGUGUGAUACCAGUUUAUAUAUUGUUGUAGAAUAACAUUUCUGGUGUUAUUUUUGCGCAAAUUAAUUUUAGAGUCGAUUUUAAAAUUUCUGUGCUGCUAUGAACGCAGCAAAACAGCGUGUCAGACACCAGUAAGCAGGAGCAGAGGCGGCAGGCGGAGGAGCUGAAGAUGUCUCCCCCUCCACCUCCGCCCCCGGCUCCGUGUCCUCCACCUCCUGCAGCGAAGAAGAAGAAGAAGCUGUACCAGACCAUAGCCAGCAGCAGGUGUCCCGUGGAGGGGGAUCACACUGAGGCUUUUCUACUCCUCAGACAGAGGGAGAGCUGUUUCAGGCGGGAUCUGCAGUGGUUACUAGUAAACAAGUACGUGCCUUCCCUCAUCCAAGACGGCCCACAGUGUGGCUUGGUGGCUCUGUGGAUGGCUGCCCACCUGCGACAGCCGCAGCUGAGCGUCGCCAUGGAGACGGUGGUUCAGACAGCAGUGAGGAGGGGCUACACCGCCCAGGGGGAAAUGUUUUCAGCGUGUAACAUGGCCCUGCUGGCAGAGGAGCUCUGUGUCUGUAAGGCUGAACUGCUGUCGGGAGGUCUGAGUGGCAGAAACUGGGCAGCCGUCAUCAAACACCUGUGGAGCGGACAACCUGUUCUCAUCCCGUAUGAUGAGGACUUCAACCAUGAGCCAUGCCAGCGUCAGGGUUACAGGGCGCACUGGGCCGUUGCUUCAGGUGUGCUCCUCGGUUUGAACCGGGGGAGUGUAAACAACGAGCACGCUCAACCGGAUCCCUCUCUGCCCUGGCUCCACGUCGCCAAAGGCGGCCAUCUUCCUUGUCCCAUCACCAGCACGAGCGCCACUGAGGUUUACAUCCUCGCCAAGCAGGGCAAGAGCCUGCGCUACCAGCUGUGGAGUCUGGACAGCGUUGCCCAGAGCAACGGGCAGCUGAGGAUGAUGGACCCUCUGCGAGCCAACGAUGGGAGCCAGUAUGUGGUUCCGGAAGAAGGAGUGGAAGCCGGGCUCGCGGGACAGGCGGUUUUACUCUACACUCAGUUGCAGGAACCACAGUGAGGUUGCUCAAAAACUACGGUUUCAUCUGUUGCCACAUCCUUCUGAACGGUCGCUAUGCAAGAUUAGUAUGUUUACCAGAAGAUUUUGUCUUGGAGAGAGCGAAAAGUGUCACAAACAUUUUAUAAAUGUUUAGAAGAGUGAUAGAGUAAUGAAAAUUAUAGCCAUGAUAUAUCUAAAAAUAUUUUUUAUGGUCUGAAGAGCUUAAUAUUUCAAUUUGUACAACUACGUUCCAUUGCAAAACAUCAAACAAACCUUAAAGUGCGAUUGCUUAACCUUCACAUCAGCUUUAGUGUCAACCAAUCACCUUGUCUGUAACGGUGUUAGACCCACCAACUGAAUAAUCAAUUAAGUAUAUACAACUUUAAUCAAUACUUCUACAUUUAAAAUAUGUUCCUUAUUGACUGCAAACACACAUUCACAAUUUUCUUUAAAUCAGUUUAUUUUGCUAAUGAACUGUGGCACUUUUGGUCCUUGAUUUUGUCUUUCAUUUUUCUAACCUGGUGCAGUUUCUCCACUAACUGAACAAAACUGAGAUUUUAAAGUAUUUAUAUUUGAACAAUUUAAAAUAAAAUGCCUUCUUGUA